CGAAAAUAAUCUCCACCACAAGCCGAUGAACUUUGUCCCACAUUGCGCAUAAAACGGGCCAUUUCUCACUGUAGAUCUACCCUAGCUAGGGGCAUAAAAUUAUCAUUCUUGGUGUUAUCAGCAUGACAACUCGUUUUUCAUCGGAUCGUGCAAGGCCGAGUGCAAAAAUUUCAGUAUCUGCCAAGAUGGCCAGUGGUAAACAACCUUCGCAUCUGAAGCUGGAGCGCUUUGGGGCAGUAUUGCGGGUGACGAUCAACAAUCCCCGUAAAAAGAAUGCCCUGAAUAAACAAACUUAUCAGGACAUUGGUGAUACCCUGAAUGCGGCCAACAAGGACGAUACUGUGAAUGUGGUAGUCAUAACCGGUACCGACGAUUUUUACAGCUCUGGCAACGAUAUGGUUUCUGCGUUCACGGAGGAAGGACCGGUUGAGGAACGGCUAGCCCGUGGGAAUGCCAUCCUGCGGGAGAUGGUGCGCGCGUUCAUUUCAUUCGAUAAACUGCUGAUAGCAAUCAUAAACGGACCAGCAAUCGGUAUCGCUGCCACAACCGCUCUGCUCUGUGAUGUUGUGUACAUGGUGGACACGGCGUACUUUUACACUCCAUUUUCCAAACUUGGCCUCUGUGCCGAAGGUUGUUCCUCAUACACCUUUCCCUUGCUGAUGGGCCGCAGCAAGGCAUCGGAAAUGCUGCUUCUUAACCAUCGCCUCACUGCCCAGGAAGCGCUACAAUUCAACGUGGUGGCCGGCGUUUUUAAACGGGAAGAAAUUGAAACGAAACUAUGGCCACAAAUUCUUGAACAUGGAACACUUCCCAUCGGAUCGAUAAAAGUUGGCAAAGCGUUGAUCAACCGAUUCCAGCGGACGCAACUGCAUGAGGCGAACGAUCGCGAAACGGAAGCGCUGUUGGGCCGCUAUGGAACGGAGGAAUCGCUGAAUGCCGUGAUGGCGUUUAUGUCGAGAAAAAGCAAAAUGUAACUGUGCAUUUUCGGUGCAAAGAAAACGGACAAAAUAAAUAUUAUGGUUGGGGAUU